CUUACUUUUCUAAAUACUUCCAUCUACCUCUCUGUUUUCCCCUUCAGGGCUUGUCUCUAUAACUAUUGUCUACCUCUCCAAAUUCCAUAUUUUAGUGUUCUAAAUAAUCUUUGUCUUCUUCGAGUUUUCAAUACUUAUGGAUGAUACCAACCGUCUUCGCCGCCUUCGAAGUCACAAGCAUACCAAGUUCAUUCGACAUAACUCCGAAGAAGUGACUAGUAUCAAAUGGGAGUUUAUCAAUAUGACCGAACAAGAAGAAGAUCUCAUCUCUCGAAUGUACAGACUUGUCGGUAAUAGGUGGGAUCUAAUAGCAGGAAGAGUGGCAGGACGAAGAGCAAGUGAGAUAGAAAGAUAUUGGAUAAUGAAAAAUAAUGACUAUUUCUCAAAACAAUAAAAUCAACUCCAUUCUCUAAAAAUCUCCAUGUUUUGUUUUCUUCUGUUUCUCCUCCUUUAUUUCUGUUAUUAUGGGAAAAUAAAAACUUAUAGACAAUAAUUUAUGUUAUUGUGGACAGUAAAAGCUUCAAUGUGUUUAUCUUAUCAUCAUAUAUUUACAAAUCUUCA